AUUACCGCCCAUUGAGUCUAAACAACUGAGAACCGGGUCCGUGGAUCCCACGCAGCCAUAGGUGUUCUUGAAUCUGGACUCAGUCUCACCAUCUUUAUGAUUGCCGGCUGCUAGUGGAAAGCACUGACUGCAUUUCUCGUCAGUCGAUCAACCGCUGUUCUCGCGAAUACGAAAACCAGAUCAUGAGACAUAAAAUUACUCCCGUUCCAUCAACGAUAAAGUUCGUCAACCCGCAUCACACGUCUUGCAGCUGUCGCAAAUUCGCAAGCCAAUAUCCAAAAUGCAGUUCAUCAGUACCGCCCUUCUGCUCUCGUCUCUCGCUGUCGUUUUCGCGAGCCCACAAGCACCGAAUACUGGCUCGGACAAUGCGCAGUGUUCUUCACGAGCAGUCGAUAUCAUCCAAGAGCUUUGCGACGGCCAACCAGGUUGCAAACUGGACUCUUGCAAACUCUAUUCGCUGAACUUGGGCGACGAUUGCAUGGCUAUCUGCGUGAUGUGAUGAACAGAAUGGUAAGACAACGAAGGGAGGCAAGUGUGUGGACGUUCAAGGAAACUUUCAGUGUUGCUUUGGGCUUUGUGGGUGAAUACACUCUGUGUUGAGGAAACUUCAAUCUUGGACAGGACAACAGCGUUCAGCGCCAAGCAUAGUCUAUCUAUCAUAGGGCAGAGCUUCGUAUUUCCUACCACGAAUGGUCGUUGCUCUGAACUCAGUUAACUUCCGUGGACGUACAAUGCCUGCUUCACAUACUGCUAACACUGUAAGAACAGGUUGGAGUUCCAAAGCCCUAAAGGUCAGUACCUAGCGCUCCAAACGAUGUUGAUCGUCAAAGCUCCCACUCCUCGUAUACCA